CUUCAAUGGAGAUUAGCAAUAAUUGAAACGUUGGUGGGGACAAAGCUGCGAUAUAAGUAAGAACUCCUACGGGAACUAACAUCGGUAGUCAAAAUGGACGACUGCGACAAAGUAGUUUUGAAUAGCAAAGCGCAGUCACUCCUUAAUUCGUUAAUUACUAACCUCGGCAUCGAAAAUUAUACCUUAAAUAUUACGCGGGGCAAUGCGAAAGGGGAUAAUUACUUGGGUGUUAUCGGUAAGAUUCAUGUGAAAACUGAAGGUGCAACUUGGAAUUGGAUUAUUAAGUGCGCUCCGGAGGCAAGUCAGUUCCGAACUACUGUUCCGGUCGCCAAAGUGUACCAGCGGGAGGUGUACGUCUACGAAAAAAUUUUAGCCGAGUACCAGAAGUUCCAGGAGGAAAAAGGAGUAACGACACCAUUUCGGUCAUAUGCAAAAUACUACACUUCUCUAUUAGAAGAGCCAUUUGAGACUAUAAUUUUGGAGGACAUGAAAGCAGUGGGUUACAAACUUUACAAUCGACAAGAGCCUUUGGACUACCAUCACGCUUUGUUGGCGAUACGCGAAUAUGGACGUUUUCAUGCUUUUUCUUUUGCGAUUCGUGAUCAAAAGCCCGAUUUGUUCCAUGAAUUUCAACAAAAUGUGCCAGAAGUCUUCUACGACCUCUUAGUCAAUAGCGAGAGCAGUAGGCAACUAAUACAAUAUCAAUGUAACCAAAUUAGAGACUCUAUUAGUCAGAUAGACAGCAAACGUGCCUAUGAUAACUUUUCAAAAUUUCAAGAUCACAUGCUUGAACUUGUGAAAAAACUGGUGACAGUAGAAGCUGCAGGUCCUUAUGCUGUUAUCUCUCAUGGUGACUGUUGGAUAAACAAUUUUCUCUUCAAGUAUUCGAAAUUGCAGAAAUCCCCAACGGAUAUGUGCUUGAUUGAUUGGCAAAUGGCUCGAGUUGGUUCUCCAGUUUUAGAUCUAUCGUGUUUUCUUUUUACGUCUACGGAUAAGCAGUUACGCGAUCAGCAUUACGACAGUCUAAUUAAGGAAUAUUACGACAGCCUUUCUUCGUUUUUAAUCGAACUAGGAAGUGAUCCUGAAGUGCUUUUCCCCUUUAACAUUUUACAGGAGCAUUUGAAAAUUUUUUCCGUUUAUGGUUUAUUUAUGGCUAUUCAAAGCCUUUAUUUCAUGGUGAGUGGAGAAGAUGAAAUUCCCGAUGUACAUAAUUUCACGAGUGAAGAAGAAGGAAUGGUACAGAUGAAAUAUGUUCCGAAGAAUAUAGAUCGAUAUACUUCUAGAAUUCGAGAUGUUGUCGUAGAUUUUGAGAAGUUUGGUUACAACUUUUAAGUAGCUCUUAAUUAUGAUAUGCGGAUUUCCACACGCACGUUCCUAAUCUAAUCUAUUUACCCGUAAUAACAAAGGAUCGAUUUUUAUUUAUAAUUACUACUCCGUCCUUUCAAGGCCUGUUUUAAUGCGAAAUUUCUUUGACAGUUAUUGAACAAACAGUGUGUAUAAGACAAAUAGAAUAAAUUCGAUAAAAGAAACGUUCGGAUACGUCAAAUAGUAUUUUUUCUCAACUAUACUUUUUAAACAGAGCGUGUUAUGUAGCAGUGGCCAAUGCCAGCAUUCUUUUU